GAACAAGUCGGCUUCGUCAACUGGAGCUGGCUCUAACAGUUUUCUUGCUUUCGACCAAGGCGAAUCUUGGCUCCGUCUCGUCUUGGCGCCCCCCCGGAUGCAUGUUUGAAGCGUGCAGUCUGCACAGUAGCUAGCUGCACUAGCCAGGACCUCUAAGGCUAUAAACACGCCUGUUACAGCACAUGCGCGAGAUCGUGAUGAAUGAUGAUGGAGGAUUUGCAGUCACUGGGUACUUGCAGUACAGGAUACACCUGUUGCCUCCCAUUUCUUGGUUCCAGGUUCUUCAUUUCGAUAUCCAUCGCUGCUCACUUUCCUGUUUUUCUGUUACAACUCGGAGAACGGCACUGAAACCCUGGUCAUGGAAUAUUAUGCAGGUACUCAUGAGCUCGAAUGUCAAAAGUUGUUCGUUUCGGUAAAUCUUUUACGCAUUGGCCUCAACAUUCGAAUCGAUCGGGUAACGGCCUGUCCAGGUUGCAUUCAUGACCUCUACCUUAGUACCUAGGUCAGUGUACCCAAUACCUGAAACCCCAAGACAUGCCGCGUGAGCUUGAGGCUCAGCUCUGCGCAAACGGGGUCGACCUCCGUUUGAGUACUUGCUGUAUUGUUCCCGGCGGUCUCGUUUAGGGCGAGCUGAGACGUGGGAUGCUGUGUUUCCUUCGCCUUGCAUAACGUAAGCUAGGGGCCAGCUGAGGCCACUACAUAUCUGGAGGCUCUGGGUGCCGUAUUCACAAAGUGUCCCAGCGGACGGCUCGGACUGGGCGAGAUCUACGCUAGGUGCACAGUGUAUGGUACUGGUACAGAGGCAGAGAGGCAGCAGUAGCUUGACUGACAUCAAUCUGAAGCACGAUGCACGGAUAUUUGGACGUGCCUCCACCGUUCUCCAAGCAUACGAAUCGCCAAGGCCCGGAGCUAGGGCGGACAGUCCGGGGAGAAGGGGGUGUGUGAAUAGAAGUCAUCGUCAAAGGGCCCCAGUGCAAUGCAGUCAGCCAAGAUGGACGGCAUGGUAUAGCAUGGCAUGGUUCGUGUCUAAGUGUCUCGGUCUGUGUCCAUAAAAACGUCUUGACUUCCAGACUCUCUAUUCUUUCUCUCCUUCCCUCUCAUUCAUCGCUGUCAGCCAAUUCAAGAUCAGUCCUUCGCAUCCCCAAAACAACAACAAGCACUUCUCAGUCCAAUCUUCUCACCAACAACACCAACAUCAUGAAGUACUCCGCUGUCACUCUUCUCGCUGCCCUGGCUGCCUACUCUCAGGUAUGAUACACUGUUCCCCCAAGUUUCGCAGACUCGCCGUGCUAGCAUGAUACAGGCCCAGUCCAUCUCCAUCCCUGGCGGUGACGAGGUCUCCUCUAUCAUUGGCGAUGUUUCCUCCCGAAUUGGUGAUGCCUCCUCUAUCAUUGAGGAUGUCUCUACCCGUGUCGGUGACGAGGUCUCUUCUCGUGUCGGCGAUGCCUCUUCUCGCAUCAGCACCGCCACCGAGACUGGUGCUUCUACAACUGUCACUGAUGCUUCCACCGCCACCGAUUCCGCAGAGACCGAGAGCGAGAGUGAGACCGGAUCCAACACUGUCGACACCGGUGCCCUCGCCAGCGUGACCAGCGCUCUUGCCAGUGCUUCCAGCGCCAUUGACGACCAGCUUGCUUCUCUCAGCUCUGAUCUCGCCACUGCUACUGGUACUGCCAGCGAGGCUAUUGAGUCCAAGAUCGCUGCCGCCACCUCUAAGCAGGGUGCUAUCGAGAGCAGUGCUGGUGCUGCCGCCAGCAGCGCCACUGGCGACAACGCUGGUGCCAUGCCUACUGCUGCCGUCGCUAUGGGUGCUCUUAUGGGUGGUGCUGCUCUCUUUGCCAACAUGUAAAGUGGCAUUUACGGAAGAUUACAUUAAUAAUGAGAUAAACGGUCAAAUCUUCAGGCGCCAUCAGUUUAGCCAACGGAACUCUUGUAUACAUAUAUCCAACUCUGGUGAGCCAAGGAUAUGACAGGGUUCGGGAUCUUAAUUAACUAGCGUUGCACAUCUGCCGUUAGUGUGAUGAAAAAGGGAAUCUGGAACUGAGGGAUGCCUAUGUAUGUCUGGUGCAGCCUUUGUAACGGUGACUUUUGUCAAUAGCAUUAUUCAUAUGAAUUGUUCUUGACCUUUGGAUAUCAAAAUAAAGAUUUUUCAUAUCAUAAGUUGGCCCAAUGACGAAUUUCUAUGUUUUAUGCUUUUAUGUGCUCCCAAUUGCGUGAAUAAUGCAAAGCUACAUACAUUUAUU